CAAACGGACGGUCUGCCAGACCGACGUAAAUCCAGAAUCCCAGAGCGCUGCUCUGUCUUGUGUGGGCGUGUGGGCGUGCUGGGGUAUCCCAAAGGAAGAAAGAGAGAGCUAGCUAGUCUCUAGAAAUCUUACUGUGACCUCCCCCUUCGGGACCUCUGGACCUCUGGAAGCGACUCAUGCGACGUGUGUCUCCUCGCUCGAAUUCCCCGUUCCUCAUGGUUCGUCCAUGACAUCCCACGCCUAAAUCUGGCUGUCCGACACGAUGGGUGUGAAAGGAGGCGUGAUUGGCGGCCUUCUGGUCUGGCUUAUGGGUCUGGGGCCCUUGAUUGAGGGCUCGGUGCCUGCCCACUACGGCCAGGAUCAGACCCAUGAGGCUUGGACCCCCGUGACCUUGGAUUGCCACUUGAAUACCACGAGUGAUGUGGAGCUGUUCCACGAGGAUUCGGAUCUGGUUUAUGUCUGGAUGUUGCCGAGUAAUGAGAUUGUGCUGCAUCCGGCCAAUUGGUCGGAGGAAUUGUUCAAGCCGUGCAUUCCCGAGACCUCGUUCAUCGUGAUGGAUGAAGAGCAUCUCCAAGUUCUGCCCAAUGGCUCCCUCCACAUUGAUUACUUUGGCUGGGCUGAUCGGGGCUACUAUCAGUGCUUGUUGUUGGAUCGCAAUACCAAUGAGACCUGGGAGUCCGACAAGUUCUAUGUGGCGUUGGUUCAUCGAUUCAGGAACCAUGUGUAUUACUUUAGUAACUUGUACGCAGUCACGGCCGCUUUGGGGUUUCUACUCUUGACGUUAUCCUUCAAGUUGUUCUAUUUUGUGCUUGAAACCUACGGGUGUUGCCUUUGUUGCUGUUGCUGUGAAAACCGUCUCCCACCCAAGGCCAAGAAGAUGAAGUCCACUCUGGAUUCCAUCGAGGCUCACAAAGUUCACCAAUUGGAUAAGCUGAAGGAAAAUUACACUCAACAGACCGAAUGGAUCCGACAGAAUUGCGCCUCUCAAAUGGAGAGAGUGAGAGACAACUACAAAGGCCAGGUCCAGAACGUCAGAGACAUCAAGCAUUAUGGGUCCACCCAGAUUCAAGCGGUGCGAGAGCAGUACUACGAACAGAUGCAACGAAUCCGGGAUUAUUCCUCGGGCCAAAUGGACCGGGUUCACGAGAACUACAUUUUCCAACGACAACGCCUUCGCAAAUUCAGCGCGCAGAACUACUUGAAGGUGCGAGCUACUGGGAAAUACACGCAACAAACAUUGAAUCGGGUCAUGGAUAACAUUCCGCCCUUGUACUUGGAUCUCUCCACUUGUCGCCAGGGCAUGGGUAAUCGCCAGGAGUCGGUUCUUUUUCCACCGGAGUUCAUCAUCGGUCAACUGGAGAUGGACGAGGACGGUUACGCCAAAGAGUUGCCUUUCCGAGAUGACAUGUCGUUGUAUUACACGCCCGUGGGCACGCCUCUCAGAGACUUACCUCCUCCACUCUCGCCUCCUUUCCCCGUUAACAUGAAAAGAACCUCUAGUCUGAACGACUCCAUCCCCUUGGCCGGAGAUGCCUCGGAUCAGCCCAACCAAGAUCGACCAAAGAUGCGCAAGAGCAAAAGCUUCAGUCAUUUCUCACCCCUUGUCUGGGUCCCACCCAUCUCCUUCGGAAGGAAUGGGAUCGAUCCGAGUCGCAAAUACUCCGUACAAGACUACAAAUCACAGCCUCCCAAGCAACAACAAGUCACAGCGAUUGUAGAGCACAUCCCCAAGGAUUUUGAGCAUCCACGUGAUAUGCCAAAUCCGACUGAGGGCAACCAUCCGAAAGGAUCAAAGGAUGGCGAGUCAGACUCUACGGGCACCACCCACACCGGAGCCAGCAAUGACCCACAACCAGGACCAACAAAUGGGCUAAAUGGGCCAAAUAAACCCUCGUCUCCAGGCCGGAAGGACCAAAGCCCAAGCAAGAAUGGCCCCAUCCAGCUUGGACAACAAUCGGACCCCUCACAGAAAGAACCCGCUUUCAAAUCUCCCAAUGGCUCACUCCAAGCGAACGGUCUUCGAGAAUCCCAUGCCAACUCCGAUGAACUUGACCCUUUGCUAGGAGGUGUGAGGGAAACUUGUUGUUAAAACGGCCCAUACACAUAUCAUAAUCCCCAUAGUUUUUCUGAUGAUGCUUCCCAUGAAGGGAGUUGCACUACUGUUCAAUAGCGGACCUUCUGAAUGGACACACUUGCUCGACGACACUAAUAGAACCACUCGGUAUGGUCAACCUCGCUCUUGCCACAAACAAGUUUGAACACAUUACAAGCCACAUUUCGACAUAGAUUUGAGUGAUGUAGUAGGGUUGUAUUAUUUUCGAACAUCUGAAAGAUUUUGGUAAACUUAAUUUUCCCACGUAAAAUGUAUCCUACCGUUUCAAACUUCAUCGGUCUAUCUUGGGUUUGCUCUUCAUGGAUAUUACGUUUUAAAGGCUUAUCGUCGAAACAUGUAUGCUUUUGCUCAUCGACGAGGUGUUGCAAGGGAAGUAGACCUUUUUCUCAUUAGAAAUGAUUGAGUUUUAAUAUGAUCGGUGGUGUUAAUGAACCCAAAAAUGCCGGAUGAUGUGCCCAGUGCUCCAUACCGUAGAAGCAUAAAGCGUACUAUCUUGGCAUAACUAAUGUCGUUAGUGAGCAAGAACGGGCUUGAAAAUAUCCAAACAUCACCCCCCCCACCUCCACCCCCCUCACAAUUCCAUUUCUUCACCAAUAUAAUGAAUGCAUUCACACAAUGAGACCGAUUGCUUGCUCCUCCUUUGAUCCCGAUUUGUGAUACUUUAACCCGAUCCUCCCCAUCCUUUUCAUCCCAAUUCAAGUUAUCGAUGACGAUGAGGAUUCCGAACACAAAGUUCAGAUAUUGAAACAGCGGGAAAGACCCACCCUCUGCGAAAAGAAAUAUGUCAGACUAGCGUGUAAUAUGGUAUUGUACUAGUACUCUCAGUUCAACAUUAUUAUUGAAAUAAAUUAACUUCCUUGAGUGAA